GCUGGAGUCCCUCCAGGGGAGAGCAAAGGGAAUAUGAAUCCUGCCGGCGGGGCGUGAGUGAGAAGCCACCAAAACACGAGCUAGGACAGCCUUCUCAAGAAGAUUCUGCCGACUCAAAAAUAUUAUUAUUAUUUUAUUUUACUGUUGUUUCUGAGAAACUAGGGGUCUUACCAUUUUAAAAUUUCGUAUUUUAUUUAAAAGGAAACCAGUGAAUUGAAAAUGAGACUAAAUAUCGCUAUCUUCUUUGGAGCUCUCUUUGGUGCUUUGGGGGUAUUACUCUUUUUGGUGGCUUUUGGAUCGGAUUAUUGGCUUCUUGCAACCGAAGUGGGGAGAUGUUCAGGUGAACAGAACAUAGAGAACGUCACUUUUCACCAUGAAGGGUUCUUCUGGAGGUGUUGGUUUCAUGGGAUUGUGGAAGAGAAUGACUCCAGUAUUUGGAAGUUCUGGUACACCAAUCAGCCACCAUCCAAGAACUGCACACAUGCUUACCUGUCUCCAUACCCCUUCAUGAGAGGCGAGCACAACUCCACCUCCUAUGACUCUGCAGUCAUUUACCGCGGUUUUUGGGCAGUCCUGAUGCUCCUGGGGGUAGUUGCUGUAGUCAUCGCAAGCUUUCUGAUCAUCUGUGCGGCCCCCUUCGCCAGCCACUUUCUCUACAAAGCUGGGGGAGGCUCCUAUAUUGCUGCAGGUGUCACUGUGGAGUCAUUCAAACAGCAAGAAGAAAAGAACUGUGCUUUAGCAAGCUGAAACCCAGUAAAGGAUCUUGAACCAAAAUUGCACACAGGCUCCGCAGCAAUGAUACACAGCAGCUUUAAAAACUCCCUCCGCCGCUGAGUCCAACGCUGUGAGCGUGCGGUGUCUGUUAUCUUUGAACUAAGUUCACCAGAUCUUCCAAGUUUUAAAAUGGGAGCUAAAGCAGAACAAUUAUCCAUAUGGACGUUAAAAAGAUAGCUAUGGCCAUAGCUAUAUCCAUUUUUGUCCUGUUUUCUGACUGUUUGGACAGGUAGUUUUGUUUGUUUUUUAAUUGUGGUGGGUGACUUGAUGACAUGGAAAGGAUGCAGAAUCUAAAAAUCCGGAUUCAGAUUCUUGCUUUGACAUCCCUAUGUAUAUGUUACUUUGGACAAUUUACAUAAUUUAGAGCUCUGAGACUCCGUUCCAUGACAGGGUAAUUGCGAAGGUUAAAUGAAAUGUAUUCAGGCAAGUAUCUAGUAUGGUUAGUUACAGAUGAAUCCAGAUGUAUCACCAAAAUCCUGUUUAGAUUUCAUUAUCGUUCUAAUAUUUUAAUUUCAUUUUGAAUAAGUUCUGUUCUUAUAGUAUUACCCAUAUAUAAAGUAUAACCUCUAUGAGGAUAAUUCACUUGUCUCCUUUGGGCUAAGUCUUGUACUCCCUUCUCCCGCUCCCCCCCUGCAAUGAUUACUCUCAGUCUCUGCUCACAUGUCCUGCUAGAACUCAGAUGCAGAAUUAUUAUCUCUAUGCUCCUACCUCCCUCUCUGCAUUAUUUAUUCCAGUUGAUGGUGCUGUCCCCUUUUCCCGAACCUUGAAUUGCGGGGAUCACCUCAAUUUCUCCUUCAUCACUGUCUUCCCUAUCUAAACAGAUCCUUGAACUCGCAGUACUGUUUCCAGUGUUGCCCUGCCUCCUGUGUCUGUCUGCUGCCCCCACAUAGCUCCUUGUCAGGAUUACUAGUUCAGUUUCCUACCUCAUUGGCUUCUGGGGAGCUUUCCCCAGAUCUCAAUUCCAGGGCUCCACCUAGAUCCACAGGGUCAGAAUUGUAGAGGGGCCCAGGAUGGCAUGGCACUACCAUAUGCUUGGGAUUUUGUUGGGAACCCCUGUCACAUACUUCUCUGACCUCAGGUUAGAUUGACCUUCCAAACCAAAGGGCAUGUCACUCUCAGAAAGCUCCUCUCGAAGCCACCUUUUAAUUUUGUUCCUUCCUUGCUGCACAUCUUUGCAAUUUCCCACUUCCUGGAGGAUGGACUUAACUUCAGAGUGAGAUGAUGUCACUCCAUUCUCGGUGCCGUGAAGGAAGGGACACUGUGCACCUUGCUCAUCAUAGAACCAAGUGCCUGGCCCGUCAUAGACCCAACAGUAGCUCCCUUUAGGUGGUUGCCUGGAUCACAGCCAUUGCCCCUUCCAGGGAUGGUCCUGACAUCCAUGGAGGGGCCCCUGGCACCGUCCCUUGGCCAUAGCUGUUGACACAGAGGCCAGGCUUUUGAUACAAUGUAUACAAACAGAUACUCUUUACAGAAAAUGGAGAGACCCUGAGAUCAGAUGUCACGGACACGUAGUCACAUGAACAUGAAUGGCAGGUCCUGUGCUAAGGUCUCCUGUUGCCAUGGCUCCCCAAUGUGUGGCAGGGUUUGUGUGUCCUGAGUCUUGGCUGCUCAGGUCCACCCUGUCAGGAGAUACCAUGACACCUCCACUAAGUUGUCUGUUUUUCUCCCUUUUUAUCCAAGUCACUUAGAGUCAGUCCCUCUUACCAGAAAAUGACAGAGCAUAAUCUGACACACUGUUGGGGAUUUCGUCUGCUCAUGAUACAGUUCCAAUCUAGCUAAUUCAUGUUAUCCUCCAUAAUUCUCGGUCAUAAUUUCUUCUCUAAAAGCAGGUGACUCUCCUAAUAAAUUUCACUCUUUUCUAGAUGGAAUUUCUUCUCUCUGUUACCCAAGCUUCUUAAAGUCCUUAUUGUCCCAGCCUCUGCGUGAAACUUCUUCAGCCAUCAAUGAUAUCUCACCCCUUCAAGCCCUUAUGCCACGGCUGGGAUGGACCAGUCACUGGACCUGCAUUCCAGUGGGUUUAUAUUGCUCUUUACCUCUACGCUUGUAGAUAACUCAUUUUCCCAUUUAGUUGCAAGUCGCUUGGAAGCACAGACCAAGAUUGACAUUUGUUUUUUCAUGUUUUUCUCGUAAAUGCUUAAUGCCUAAAUGUGUCCGUACUGCUCCUCUUUCUAAAUCCUUAUUGUUUAAAAGUUUCUCUCCUACUAUACCCAUGCCUUAUAAAUAUUGAUUGAGUGAAUGGAUGAAAUGCAUACCUGCUUAUAUUUCUAAUUAAAGGCAAUUUGGGAUUCUAGUAUUUGUUUUUCCAAAAAUGUUUCCAAUUACCCAUUCCCUUGUCAGUUCCCAUGUAGCAUGGAAAUGCAACAUUCCGUUUGUAGAAUGUCCGCUUUGUAAUUACCCCUGUCAGGGUGAUUAAUGGAUAGCAGUUUAUGACCAGGAACCUCCAUGGUGACCUGGUGGUCAGCAGAGGCCACCUUGUCUCAGAUAUUUCUGCCCCUGCAUAAGGUUUUAAAAAAAAAUUUUGGCUUUGGGAAAGAACUAAGGUUGCAAUAUGGGCACAUUUGCCCGCAGAUUCCCAGAGCCUGUUGAUAGCUAAUUGCAUCCAGGCGGGAGGACUGAUUUGCUCCGCAGUCCCUCCUGACUGGGAGGUGGGAUGGUCACUCCAGGCUGGAGCAGGGCCAGUGCCUUGGGCUAAAUGUGUUUUCUUCCUCUUGGCUGGCUGUCUUCUGCCUGGGCCUGUUUUGCCCUCUGCUGACAUCUCAGACUGAGGAUCUCUUUGCUGGCCUUGCAGGGCCAAAGGUUUCUGGGGGGUCAGGAGGCAAUAGGAAGUAGGGGUUCCCCACCUCUUCUGCACUGGCUCCCUGCCCAGUCACUGAGGUUAAAGGGAUGUCUACCCUAACCAUUCCAUUCUUCACGCUGCUGUUGUGAGUGUCCUUGUUUCUCUUUUUCUGAGACUCCUGGGUUACGCCUGGCUAUAACUGCUCUGCUCACCUGGUGGAAAACAGUGUUUCCUUCUUGAGGAGAAAAUCAGCAAUGGCUGGAGCGAGAGGUGCAAAGAAAGCCCAUGUACUGGGAGCAAGGAAAUGAGGCUUUGAAUGUGCUCUUGAAAGACUGCCCCUGGGAAGGCCAGAGGGCUGCCUUCGUUGUUGUUUCUGUUCUCCCCUUCCAGGCAACAGGCCGGGUCAUCGGGAGCUACCAGCAUACUAGCACUAGCGCGGAAGUAUUAGUGUACCAGGGCACAUGAGCCGGAUGAGGCCUGGGCAGUGUUGCACAUAUUUAAUGGAUUUUCUCACUUAACCCUCACAGCAACAGCAUGAGGCAGCUACUUCUAUUAAUCCCACUGUAAAGAGGCAGAAACUGAGGUACAGAGAAGUUAAAUAACUUGUCGAAAGCCACAUCACUCCUAUUCUCAUAUAAGAAUAAUGAGCACUCCUGUAAAUGCUCUUGCUUAUCAACUGCUCUUUGCAGCUAUAUUUCAGGAUAUAUAUAUACACAGGUAAACUAUAUGCUUAGCAGGAGGUUAGGUAAGAGCCUUCUACUUGAUCAAUCAGCAACCAUUUUGGACCACCUAUUAACAUGUAGACCUGUUCUACAGGCUAAAAGAAAUGCCAGAAAAGCAGGUGCUUGCAUUAGAGGUUAGAAGAAAAAUCCUUUCUCUGCGUGUCUCUCUUUAUCUCUCUAGGUGUGGGUGUUUUGUGGGUGUCCCUGCAGCUGUAGACGGAGCUGGGAUGUAUGCAGUGUUCUGGGGGUUUUGUAAGCAGCACGGCCUAGUGAUUAGAACAGUCCGUAGAUAGCCCACGUAUGUUUCUAAAUGAAACAUACAUUGGCCAGGCACGGUGGCUCAGGCCUGUAAUCCCGGCACUUUGGGAGGCUGAGAUGGGCAGAUCAUCUGAGGUCAGGAGUUCAAGACCAGCCUGGCCAACCUGGUGAAACCCCAUUUCUACUAAAAAUACAAAAAUUAGCCAGACGUGUUAGCACGUGCCUGUAAUCGCAGCUACUCGGGAGGCUGAGGCAGGAGAAUCAUUUGAACCUGGGAGGCGGAGGUUGCAGUGAGCCGGGAUCACGCCACUGCACUCCAGCCUGGGCAACAGAGCAAGACUCCAUCUCAAAAUAAAUAAAUAAGUAAUAAAUAACUCCAUUGCUCACUAGCACCAGACAUUGGAUAUCCAUUUAAUUUUCCUCUAUCCCAGUUUUUUCACCUGGACAGUGGGUAUUAUUACAGUUCCUAAUUCUUCGGGGCUACCGUAAGGAUUAGAAAAAAUGAUACAUGUUCACUCCACUGUUUACAAUAGUGCUGGGCACGUUGUAAGCGAUCAAUAAAUUGCAGUGAUGAUUGCCCUUACCUUUUUGCAUCUCUCCGUGUGUCUACAAUUGCCUGCCCAUUUGGAGAAAGGCACUUCCUCCUGGAAGCCUCCUGUGACACCUGACCCCCUCCCAGUACCUUCCCAUGGGGCAGGUUGGCUGUCCCUCCUAUCGCUUUCUGUAAAGCUGUGUGUGUUCUCUAUAGAGUGCAAGCUCCUGUCACAUGUAUUUAGUCAGGACCUCCUAUGUGCCAAGCACAUGGGGCAUAGCAGUGGAAAUGACAGGCACCCCUGCCCUACUGGAACUCACCAUCCAGUGAGAGUGGUGUUUAGUUAUUCAACAACUACUUUUGUUCAACAAUACAUAUUGAAAACCCAGGAAUUGUAAGGAGAUUUUUGGGGCACUUCACCUUCUUAGAAGUAGGGUUACCGAGCAGCUAACAGUGAAGCUGAGACCCGAAGAAUAAGCAGGAGCUGGCCAACUGCAUUGAGGGCGUGGUUUCUAGGGAGAGGGACUAGAAGUUGCUGAAGUCCUGAAUGAGAAAGGCAUGGGCAGGGAGGAAGUCAUAAUCUUGCCUGUGUUUCUUCCCCCUGGGCAGAAACUGGUCCCAUCUGGGGUGUAAGUGUGAAGGCAGGCAGUAGGGUGAGAGCUGGGUGGGCCCUGCCUGUUGGCUGGGCUUUGCUGCUCUCACAGGCUUACUUUUCUCUGGGCACUUUGAGGGAAUGGAGUCACCUGGAUCCUCACAACCUUGGUAUGAUUCAUGCCUAUUUUAAAAUGGGGAAAACUGAGAGAAAAAUGACUCUGGUAACCAAGUUAGUAAUGUAAUGAGAGGCCAGUGCAAGUCUCUCUGCAUGAGUAUAUGAUCAGAGGUGAGGACUUCCCUGAAAUCCGUGAAGCAAAACCAGCUCUCCUCUUUUGGGUAAGAGAAAUGGUAAUUAGGGGAAAAUUGAAAAGUAUCCGAUGAUUUUUCAGCACCUUUUAAUCACCUGAAGUGAUCUUCUCGAUUCAGAAACAAAAUGCAUGAUUAACAAGGAGGUUUACCACUGCCCUGAACAUAUUUGGUAUGUUUAUUUACGUUCCACCCCAUCCACCCCCAAGCAAAAAAAAAAAAAAAAGAAAAAAAAGAACAUCAAAAACUAAUACAAAUCUUUGGAGAAAAUGACGCAAAGUUUUUGUAAAUGAAUCUUUACAUUAUGGUCAGAGUUGUCACCCUUGAAAUUCAAGCUGGAAAAUCAAAGCAGAUUGGUGCCCAAUUUUACGAGAAUGCUCUGAUUUUCUUCAUUUCCUGGGCAUGUAAAACAAUGUUUUAUUGUGUGAGUGCUACUCUUUUGGAAUUUAGAUACAGAAUAUCAACUUGACUUUCAUAAUGCAGAUACUAUGUUGUAUCACUAUCAACAGUAAUGAUGUUAUCCUUCAAGUACUAGAGAAAUAUAUUUAAUGUGUCCAAGGACUGACCUUUAAAAAAACAGAAGUAGACAUCUCAUGUACUGGUUUUCUAUCUUUCCCUGUCAUAGAAAUGAAUGAAGAGGGAAAUAUAUAAAUUAGAGAGUAUAAAGUGUUUCACUGAGCAAAAGCCUUUAAAUCAGAGAAGAGAAAAUGGAUUUCUAAUAUCGCUAGACUUAGGAAGUCGAAUUGUGAAUGCUUUGGUUAAUAAAGUUGUUACUACUUCGAAAGACAA